UGUAUGAGCCACGGCUUUGUUUCUUUCUUUCUCCUCCUCUAUCUCCCAGAAACUAUGCCUAGAUGGUGUAAACGCCCCCCAAGAUAUGGAAGGUGCAAAGAAUCAUUUCAAAACUUCUACUAUGAUCACAAGAAAAGCAUGUGCCGGACCUUCACUUACAGCGGAUGCGGCGGAAACAAAAAUAACUUUGCUACUCUCCUUGACUGCCUUUAUGAAUGUGAAAAGUUUGGACUCCACGCACCCUGGAAAGAUCUGGCAGGCGAUAUUAAGUGGCAUCGAGAUACAUCUCCAUUAUGCAAACUCAGACGGAAGAUAGGAUGGUGCAGAAAUAAAUUACCUCGCUAUUAUUAUGAUUUCAAAAACAAACGAUGUAGACCCUUCAUGUAUAGUGGUUGCGCGGGCAACGACAACAAUUUUGUGACCCACAGGCAGUGUGCUCAGCAAUGUGAACCAUUUGGAAAUCCUGACUUUUCGAAAUACCCUGAAUGGAAUCCAGAAACCAGGCCUGACACAUGCCACCUGCCAGUAGAUGUGGGACUUUGCACCGCAAGCUUUCCUCGUUUUUAUUAUGAUGCCAAAACAAAGAGUUGCAAGCCAUUCAAUUUUGGUGGCUGUAAUGGCAAUGGCAAUAACUUUGGCACUAUAGAAGACUGUAUGCGGAAAUGUGGAAAUCGAGGUUAACUCGAGAUCUACAGUAUAAUCCUAGACCUAUAAUGUUUUCAGGCUCACCGACAUGCAAAUGGAUUGCACAGAAUAAAGGAAUUAGGAGUAACCAUGAAGACUUUUCAUCCUGAUGUACCAGGCCUUGAUCGCGGACUAAUAAACUCACUUUCUCACC